UUAGCCGUAACCCGUCGAAAUUGAAUUCCUCGAAGGAGUAAGACAAAAUUUGGAAACUCUUUCCAUGUUGGAUUUCUUCCAAAAAAAGAAAAGAAAAGGUUUGCGCUGUUUGGCACACAGGCUAAUUUAACCAAAGGAGGCAGCAAACCGCGAAAUCAACAGGAUCUCCCGGUACCCUCCAUCUUUUAUGUUUCGCGAAUCUCGAGACGGACAGGGGACAACAAUCCUAUCCAGUCCUCCAGGAUCUCUCAGUGGGAAAAUUACUAUGUAUUGCUCCUAGCUCUCCGGCUCGUAACUUUCCGGAUAGGGAUAGAUUCACGGCAGCCAACCGAUUGAAGAUUUUGAUUCGGAAUCGAUUGAGGGAUUGAGAUUGAGAUUAGCAUUGAGGAAUCAGGUGCGGAAAUCGAAUUCGAAUGGCCGCUGCUGCGGCUUGCAGACGGGUCGCCCAAUUGGGCACCGGGUCGGGGAUCGGAUUAUCCGGUUUCGGAGGGCCCGGUGGUGCUUCGAGAACGGUGUCUCCGUCGGUGGAGUACAGGCAUUUGGAUUGCAGGCUGACUUCUCAGCUAGUCAAAUCAAAUGGAAAGCGGUUGUUUCUCGUCGAUACAUUAGCUCUGGUUAGGAGAUUAGAGGGACAAGGCGUCCCCUCAAAGCACGCGGAGGCGAUAACUGCUGCCAUUACUGAAGUUUUGAAUGACAGCUUGGAAAAUGUGUCUCAUUCAUUUGUUACAAAAGGAGAGAUGCAGAAAACGGAGAUGAUCCAAGAAUCCAACUUGUCCAAAUUCAAAUCCGAAAUUCAAAGUGCGCAGGGACACCAUUUUUCUUUGUUGCAACACGAGACUGAAAAACUUCGGAAUGAUAUAGAGAAGAUGCGCAGUGAAUUGAGGUAUGAAAUUGACAAAGUUACCGCAGGACAGCGGUUGGACUUGAACCUGGAAAGAGGGAGGAUACGAGAAGAGCUAUCUAAUCAGAAUGCUGAAACAAAUAACCUCACUAACAAACUUGAUCGGGAAAUUCAUGCUUUAAGGGCUCAGGUGGAAGCAGCAAAAUACGAUGUCAUAAAAUACUGCAUAGGUACUCUUGUUUCGAUAUCUGCUGUCGGUCUUGCUGUACUCCGUAUCCUGAUGUAAACUUGUUCUAUGGAUAACGACGACAAAUCCCAAUAGGGGAAAACUGGGAAAUGGUCCAUUCUUUUCAAGCUGUUGUAAUUUUAAGAAAUGUGAUGAAGAUGUGAAAGAUAAGGCGUAGUCAUUACAUUGUAAGUGGGAUCCAAGGAAGAAUUCAAUUACGUAAAACUCAACUUAUUGUCCCUUUUUUUUUUCCUUUCAGUAUUUGUUGGUAAAGGAUCUGAUGUAUUGAGUAGUUUCGUUUGUCAAUUUUCCAUUGAACUUGUACCCUACUGCCGAUUUUCCCGCUAAACAUUUAGUUUGGCAAUUUUCUUCUUGAACUAUUAUAAAUUGCCAAUUUCCCCA